CUCGGUGUCUGACCCUCUGACCGUGCCAGGGACACUGCAACACGUGUCUUGGCCUUCUGGUGGGCUCUUGAGGGAAAUGUGCUGUGUGCUGAUGAAACAGGUUGAAGGUUGCUGAGACUCUAGAGGACCCUAGAGCUGCAUGUGCCUCCUCUUUCCCUGGGUCCCCUAAUGUGGAAGGGUGACACCUGGCACCACCUUGGUCUUCAACAGAGAUGGGUGCCUGUGACACCAAAUGGGCAACAUCUUUGUCGUCAGCUUGUCUGUAGCAGACCUUGUAGUUGCAGUGUAUCCCUACCCUCUGAUCUUGAGUGCCAUUUUCCAUAAUGGAUGGACCAUGGGAAAUAUUCACUGCCAGAUAAGUGGCUUCCUGAUGGGCUUGAGCGUCAUCGGGUCCAUUUUCAACAUCACAGCGAUCGCGAUCAACCGCUACUGCUACAUCUGCCACAGCCUUCGGUACGAUAAGCUCUUCAACCUGAAGAACACCUGCUGCUAUCUCUGCCUCACCUGGAUACUCACCGUGGUGGCAAUUGUGCCGAACUUCUUUGUCGGGUCCUUGCAGUAUGACCCCCGGAUUUACUCCUGCACCUUCGCCCAGACGGUGAGCACGUCGUACACCAUCACGGUGGUGGUGGUUCACUUCAUUGUCCCGCUGUCCAUCGUGACGUUUUGCUACCUGCGCAUCUGGAUUCUGGUGAUUCAAGUCAAACACCGGGUGAGACAAGACUGCAAGCAGAAGCUCAGAGCAGCUGACAUCCGGAAUUUCUUGACCAUGUUUGUGGUUUUUGUCCUUUUUGCUGUGUGCUGGGGACCAUUAAACUUUAUUGGCCUUGCUGUUUCAAUUAAUCCUUCAAAAGUGCAGCCUCACAUUCCAGAAUGGCUUUUUGUCCUGAGCUACUUUAUGGCCUAUUUUAACAGCUGCCUCAACGCUGUGAUCUAUGGGCUUCUUAACCAGAACUUCCGGAAGGAGUACAAAAGGAUACUGCUGACACUCCGGACUCCCAGGCUACUGUUCAUCGACGUGUCCAAAGCGGGGACAGAAGGGAUGAAAAGCAAGCCGUCUCCAGCUGUAACAAACAACAACCAUGCUGAAAUACACUUAUGAGUCAGAACAGUAGUAUUUAUUCUGGGUUACAAUUGUAGAUAUAAUACGUAAGAGCCUUUCCAUGUAUGCAUUUCACAGCUGGCAUUACUGGGGCCCCUCAUGCAAAGGAGUCUGCUACCCGACAUGCUUAGCUUGUUGCUGUGACAUCAAUGUUUUAAGUAAGGAUUUUCAGAAUGGAAAUGACCAGGUUCUUUUAUUUUUUCAUUGCCUUGUCAUAUGCCCUCUUCCACCAUGUGCCUAAUCGGUAGGUUUGGUUGCUUUUGCCACAAGCAUGCCAAAACCCUGGACAAGGGAAGUGUUCAGAGUGCAUGGAGAAACACAGUUAUGCUUGAAAUGCAACCUUUGAGAACCAGCAAAAUCCCCAUGUAUUACAAAGACACUUUUCUCCCCUCCCUCUGAAUUCUAUUUUUUUAGCAUUAAUAUAACCCAAAUUAUAGCAAACAAAGUGUAAACUGCAUGACUUUUUUACCUUGCCAGUUGGGUAGAGUAUUGGACAGCAAGCAUACAUAUGGGCAUGAUGACUCCCACUGCCUGUGUGCUCAUUCUCUUUUCCUCUUAAGGUUUAGAGGCUAGCCUUGGCUAGACAUGAGCCAGGCAAAAACAAGACUUAGUGAAUGUCUGAUACACUUAUUUUAAUUGAAUAUCUACAGAUAUUGAGCACCCUUGCACUCUCCUUCCAGGCCAUGAGUAAGAGUAUAAUAUAUGACAUAAUCUAAUUGUAGGAAGAUACUUGGAGCCUGAUUCUAAUUUAGGCAGUAUCCUGUCAUGGCCAGCAUUCAGUCCAAAUGUCUUUCAGAAGUCCCUGCUACAUGAACAUCAUAAAAAUAGAUGAAUAUAGCAGAGCCCCAUCUGUUCAAUGCAGGUGUUGGCUUUUAAGUUUUAGUAAUAUUUACUUUUUCAGACAAAGGGAGAAGUGAAAGGAAGUGUUUCUUCCAAACAUCUCUCCUUUUGCCCACCACAUAACACGAAGUUGAUAGGCAGGGAAAGUAGGGAAUUUGUUUCCCUUUUGUUCAUGUGUGAAGCUGUAAUUAAUUCAUGGAGCUGGAAGGGGAAAGCUACUUAAGGAUAUUCUUGCAUUAGUUCUCAGUUUGAACUCAGGAAAAAAUAUCCUGAGGUGCUGGGAAAGCAAAUACUGCGUUAGAAACAAGCACAUGGGCAAAGGUAUGUCUGUUUCUUUCAUAGAAUGUGAGGGUAUAAAGGCAGCUGUCUGUAAAUAUGACCAAUUCUUUUUUUUCCCCCUUAACUUCAUUGUGUAUUCAUCUCCUUAUGUAUAUAUGUGGAUCCUGCUUCAAAACAAUGCCAUAAAAUUAACAGGUAAAACUCCCCUGGCUUGGUGCUGGUGUACUGAGAGGCACAGUGAGAGAUGUGUGAUGGAGAGGAGCAGAUCUGAGCCUCAUGGACCUAAUGAGGAGAGCACUCAGCCUUGCCUCUGAUCAAAAAGUGCAGUCUUCUUUCUUUUGUCGUGGUCCAAAACAGGACUAGUUCCCAGGGCUGAACCCUGAAACACUGAGAAUCAGACUUUGCAGUAGUGUGUGGGUGCCUAGAGAUGGAGGGCUUCUGGAUUUAGAAAAAACCUUGAGCAGGCUGAGUGCCUAAUCCUUAGUGAAGCUAACCACCCAUUUGUGCAUUGCUUGCUGAAAGCAAUUUGUUGCUGAAUGUGCCUUCUGCUGAUUACUGGGGGGAAGAGGAGUUGGAAGAAAUUAAUCCCCUUUAUGACGAGGUCCAAGAAAGAGUGUGUUGCUUCAGUGAGGACUGCAGUGUGUGGGCUGGCACAUGGUGACAGCUGCUGCAAUGCAAGGAGGUGUCUCUGCAUUUAUAGGACACCCUGGCCCUUCAUGAAGUUUUAGACUUGAACAUCUCAGCCACUUCAGAUGAUUGUUGUUUUAAAAUGCACCCAGCCAGCCUCCCAUAAUAGGAGUGAAACUGAGUUCUGUUUUGGCCUCUUAAUCUGCCUGAGCAUGGCCAAAUAAAGGUAUCUUGACCCUCAGAAAUAAUGUGGUCCAUUUGCCUUCCAGCAAAACCAAUCUGGAUGAAUUCACACCAUUCCACACAAACAAAAUCAUUUUGAGUCAAACUUGGAUAAGAAAAGCACCAAGGAAUCCAUAACUGCAGGGAGUGUUUGUCCCGUUGUGCCAAGGAGAUGUCCCAUGUUUUAGUCUUCAAAGUUGUUUGCAAUUAGCCACAACAGUGUUAGUUAGAAUCACAUUAGCAAAUCAUUUUAAACAUUUAGCACCAAGCCAAAUAUACUCCUUGAAGACAAUCAUGAAGAAUCUUGUGCAUGUGUGCCAAAUAUCUUAAAUACCCCACAACUGCGGUUUCAUCUUGUGGAUCCUUGUCUUUUUAACUGAAUGUCCUGUCAAGACAAUGCUCUGUUUUGUUUUGGUUUUGUUUUUCCUUUAAGCUUGUAUUUGCACUAUUCUUAUUCUCCAAAGUAACAGUCAGCGAGCGUUUGAACCAAACCAAGCAAGCCAAAGAGGUCCUGAACAGCAAACUGUGGGAGUCUCUGCUAGCAUCUAGUAGGAAGAGGACAGGCAGGAAUGUGAGAGGGCAUCUUCCCAGGGCUUGCAGAGAGUCACUGCUGAACCAAACUAUGCAAAAUGAUAGGGAAUCUUCUGUAGGGUCAUAGCCUCCUGCCUAGAUCUUUGCAGAGGACAGGCUAAGUAGCUGCUACUCUGAGGUGGGUCCUGAGAAGCUCCCUGUAUGUGCAGAUCCUGCCAACACCCUGCGGGGUGAAGAUGGGCCUGCAACAGGCACCAUCCAUCUAAGAGCACAGAGUGUUUUCCCUGGUAUUACUUGUUCAGAAGUGCUUUGGGUGUCCCAGUGCAAGUGAGAGCUAGCCAAGAGCGGGCUUGGAGCUGGGUCGAUUCAGCCAUUGCUGUUAGGAGUCCUGAGCUCAGUCCUGCUGGAGCUGAGAUUUGCAGUAUGAAACAUGAAAAGCAGGGAACAUGGCUUCAGACAGAAAACACUGUGCCAUUUGCUAGCACUUUGAUACAGAGACAGGGCUUGGGAUAGGAUAGAUUUUUAUACUGACUUAUUUUAGAACUACCCAAGCAGCUCUUUAUUUUUAUGUUAAGAAAUGCUUAAUAGGGCACAGAGAGUUUAUUUUGUUAACGUUUGUUUACAGAAAAAGGGAAUUGUGUCUUAAAUUGGGAAUCCUGAGCGGUGUCAGUUUCCCUAUGGGAAUCUAGCUUUAAUCCAAAUUUGAGAUUUCAAGGAGAUCCCACAGUUUAAACUGUGCUUUGCCAGUUUCAGUUGUUGCAUACCUGGCCUCAAGUCUCAGUGAUAACAUUGAGAUCUCCUAUAAAUCAGGUUUAAACCACUGUCUGGAUUUGACCUGGUGGUGUUGAAUGCCUACUGUAGCCCCAAAACUCAAAAAUUAUCAUGGCAGACAUCAGCUUAUGGAGAGGCAGUAUUGUCAUGAAGGAUUAUGAAUCUCUUGCCACAGAGGGAUACUUUGGGUGUUGCUAAUGAGUGUUGUUUAAUCUAUUUAAGAAGAAUGUAAUCAAUAUAUUUAUAUAUAAAUAUAUAUUGCAUAUGCUGUUUCUGUUUCCUCAUUUGAUUUAAGAAUCCUUCAGUACACUUUCCUAUUGGUAUUUAUGUUCAUAAAGUAGAUUCAUUCCUUUUGCCUGUUAAAACUGUAAUAAAUCUGCCAUUGGGACUGCUUAUUGAUUUUUAUUU